AUGGCUCGAUCAAGAGGAGGUUCAAGGCCUACCCACAGAGGUACGACGCCCGUUGGUAGAGAAGGUGGUAGGCCGACACAAAAAAGGGCUACUUCAACUUUAGCUGCUCCAUUGACACAAACAUUAUCCAAAUCAAAAACAGCACAAUCCCAGAAACCACAAAAUGCACAACAACCAGGUCUAUUUUACGGAAUGCUGUCGACUGCGGCAGGUGUAGCUGUCGGGAGCACCAUCGGUCACACGCUUAGCUCAGGGAUUGCAGGUUUCUUUUCAGGUAGUUCGACCAAUGAGCCUCCCGAAAAAGAAAUGGAUCCUUUCGAAGCAUCUACAAGCCGCCAAGAGUAUUCGAAAGGUAGCAUGUGCGAUUCUGCCGCCUUAAAUUUUACUCGUUGUUUAGACAGCACCGAUGGUAAUUACCAACCUUGUGAAUAUUAUCUGCAACAGCUGAAAGCUUGCCAGGAAGCAGCUCGACACUAUUAG